GCCUGUCCAGGGGCGGCACUGCGGGCUGGGAAGCCGGGACCAGAGGAGGGAAGGAAGGAAGGAAGGAAGGAAGGAAGGAAGGAAGGAAGGAAGGAAGGAGGAAGGAGGAAGGAGGAGAGGAAGGAGGGAAGGGAGAGAAGAGACCAGAGCCGACGGGCGAAGAGCGGAGCCAGGAGGAAGGAAGGGGCGGAGGCGGAGGCGCUCCUGCCGCAGCACCCGAAGGCCGGAGCGGGGACCCGCGCUGCCUCCCGCCGCUCCUCGGAUGGUGACGGGGCCUCGCCGCGGCCGCAGCCCCCCCGCGCCCCGGCUCCGCAGGCCCGCAGCGCCGGAGCCCCGCAGGAACCAUGCCCAGGUCCUUCCUGGUCAAGAAGGUCAAACUUGACACGUUCUCCUCGGCGGACCUCGAGAGCUCCUACGGGCGCGCCCGCGGCGACCUCGGCGUGCGACUGCACGAGAAAGGAUACCUCAACGACUACGCGGGUCCUGCCUCCGUCUACGAUGGCGACACCGAGGCGGCCUUGCUUAAAGGGCCGUCCCCGGAGCCCAUGUACGCUGCGGCGGUACGGGGGGAGCUGGGCCCGGCGGCCGUGGGCUCGGCGCCGCCGCCCACCCCGCGCCCGGAGCUGGCCACGGCGGCGGGCGGCUACAUCAACGGCGACGCGGCCGUCAGCGAGGGCUACGCGGCCGACGCCUUCUUCAUCACCGACGGGCGCUCGCGCCGCAAGGCCGCCAAUGCCAACGCCGCCGCCGCCCCCUCCACGGCCUCGGCCCCCGACGGCGACGGCGGCGGAGGCGGGGCUGUGGCAGGUGCGCGCGCCGUGGGGUCCGGCGGCCGGGCGAGCACACGCGCAGGGGCGGGCACCGAGGCCCGCGCGGGGCCCGGGGCCGGCGGCGCAGGGGGCCGGCACGCCUGCGGCGAGUGCGGGAAAACGUACGCCACGUCGUCGAACCUGAGCCGCCACAAGCAGACGCACCGCAGCCUGGACAGUCAGCUGGCGCGGCGCUGCCCGACGUGCGGCAAGGUGUACGUGUCCAUGCCGGCCAUGGCCAUGCACCUGCUCACGCACGACCUGCGCCACAAGUGCGGCGUGUGCGGCAAGGCCUUCUCGCGGCCCUGGCUGCUGCAGGGCCACAUGCGCUCGCACACCGGCGAGAAGCCCUUCGGCUGCGCGCACUGCGGCAAGGCCUUCGCCGACCGCUCCAACCUGCGCGCGCACAUGCAGACGCACUCGGCCUUCAAGCACUUCCAGUGCAAGCGCUGCAAGAAGAGCUUCGCGCUCAAGUCCUAUCUCAACAAGCACUACGAGUCCGCCUGCUUCAAGGGCGGCGCCGGCGGCGGCGGCGGCGGCGGCGGCGGCGGCCCCGCGGCCCCCGCGCCGGCCGCACCGCAGCUCAGCCCCGUGCAGGCCUAG